AUGCUGUCAGCCGCCAUCCAGAUCCUGGCGUUCGCCCUGGCGCUCCUCGGCCUCCUCGGCACCACGGUCGCCACUCUGCUGCCCAACUGGAAGGUGAGCAUGAACGUCUGGUCAAGCGUCAUGACCCCGAUCUCGCAGAUGCAGGGUCUGUGGAUGGACUGCGUGUGGUACAGCUCGGGGGUCUUCAGCUGCACCAUGAAGAACUCGGUGCUGUCGCUGCCGCCGUACCUGCAGACCACUCGGGCCGCCAUGGUUCUGUCCUGCAUGGUGGCGGCGUUCGGACUCUGUCUCGCCUCUCUCGGGCUUAAAUGCACCCGCUGGGGGGGCAGCCGCCGAGCGAAGGGGCACACGGCCAUCGCCGCUGGGGGGUGCUUCAUCCUCGCCAGCCUCCUGUGUCUCGUCCCCGCGUCCUGGUUCACCAACGAGGUCAUCACCGUGUUCCUGACCACCGACCUGCCAGACAGCAGUAAGUAUCAGCCCGGAGGAGCGCUCUGCGUCACCUUCAUCUCCGCUGGAUUCCUCCUGGCCGGGGGGGUCAUUUUCUGCAUGUCAUGUCCUGGAAAAGGAACGAGGCGACCGGACUACCCGUACCCCCCCGACCCCGACAGGUUCGUGGUGCCCGGACACGAGUGUCGGAGGCGGGAGCUGCGGACUGAGCAUGUGCAGCCAAAAAAGAGAAAAAACAAAACGGUUAAGAUUCAGACGGACGACGAGGUGACGGAGGAGAAACCCGAACACACCCGGGAGCAGAGGGUCCGCUUGUCCCCCGCCAAACUCCCCCCGAAAGACAUCAAGGACAGCUACAGCCUCCAGGAGUACGUGUAACCCUCACAGCUGAGAGGAAAUGUGGAGUUUUCAGCUGAGGCUUUCUGGCUCAUAGGAAAGGGGGAGGCGUGCUGGGGGAGGUGUGUUUGGGGGGGGGGAGUGGGGUAAUUACCAAAUGUUGGAUUGAGCCGGGAAAAAAAAGAGACAAACAGCAGAGUUCUGCGCAGGAACCGAACGCUGUAAAUCCUUUAAAAACUGACGCAGCUUUCACACACCAAAGACCUGAACCCGCUGAUUGUAGAAAAAAAUAAAUAAAUCUGCCUGAAAUUAAAAGCCAUCAUUUUGCAGCUGCACAUGUCGUCCGCCGUCUGAGAUUAAAUAUUGCUGAAGCCGGCCCAAAGCUUUCUGCAGCCGUGACAAAACUGAAAAGUGUAAUGUAGAGCAAGGUGGUCAAAAUUAAAAAUGAUUUCUGAUACUUGUUUCUACAAUAUAAUCUGUGAAUUUAAUGCUCAAUGGUAUCGGAGAGGACGGUAGCUGUUGAAAUGUCACAAAAAUAAUUCAAUAUUUGGUGACUUGCCUUGGUAGAAACAGGUAUCAGUAUCUUUUGAUUUUCACAAAAGUCGUUUUAAAGUUUAAAAUUCUGGCUCCGCGACAACCCUACUGUCGAGUUUUCACUAAAUGAGAAAAUAAGAAAUAGAAGUUCUAUUAUGCGGAGGACAAACUGUAAAUUUAAGACACUUUCUAACUCAGAAACUCUUUUAGUUUGUCAGAUAUGAGAGCAGUUAUCAGG